AUGAAUGGUCUUGAAAAAAUCCUAAACAACUUUUUGGCAAACUUCAAGAGAUCAAAAAGUGGUUGUCCACCACAGCCAGGAUCGAGAGGACGGGAUGGAAAAGAUGGAGAUAAAGGACUGCCAGGACCUCAAGGACUCAAUGAGGCCUGUCCAUCACAGAUGGGACCGAGAGGACCAGAUGGAAAGGAUGGAAAUAAAGGAAUGGAUGGAC